AUGGCUCAGAGACAGCUCAAGCACCUUAAUGACCCUGCCAAUAAUGCAUGCGUUUCUGAGGUGAUCCAGGUGGGAUACAAAUUUACUUGGGACAAUAGACAGUAUGGAAAAAGGAAAAUUAAGGCUAAACUGGAUCGUUUUUUCACCAAUGCUGACUGGCUGCAACUAUUUCCAGAGGCCCAAGUCACUUCGGAUAUUCUUGCCACCUCUGAUCACAGGGCCAUCAAUCUCCACACUGAUAGAUCCUCUGAUCGGAGGUCUAGGCCCUUCCGAAUGCAUCGAAAGCUUAUUUCUCUCCAACAAGUACUCAAAAAUUGGAACAAACAUGAGGUGGGUAACAUUUUUCAAAAUCUUGAUCAGACUAAAUCUGUGCUGACCGAGCUAUAUAAUAUUGACCCCUAUAUGAGAAAUGAUCACUGGUUUCUAAAUGAGAAGCUUCAAUUAGCACAGUUAAGAAAACUUGCUCAUCAGGAGGAGAUUCUAUGGCAACAAAAGUCCAGAUCCAAUUGGAUUGUGAAUGGAGAUAGAAACUCAAAGUACUUCCAUAUUUCUACCAUGAAGAAGAGAACAAGGAACAAAAUCAGGCUUAUAAAUGUAAAUGGCACUACUGUUACUGAUGAAAAUCAAUUGGGUCAAGCUUUCAUAGAUUUCUUUAGGAAUUUAUAUUCCUCUUCUAACCCUGUGCAAGAGAACUCUUACUUUGAGCAUAUCAGAGGGAGAGUCACAAGAGAGGACAAUGACAAGCUCACCUAA